CUGACAAGGGAAUGCCCGGAGAGCAGGAGCCACUGAGCCUGGGGCGGGAUUUCAUCAAAAUUCUGAUAUGCACAAGUGGAAUUUCCUAGUAUACAGUAUAAAAAGGAAGGGUCAUGGGAUGAUGAGUAGUUGCCUUUGCUGGUGGAGUUCGGAUUGGCUAAGACCUCAUCGCCUCUGGGAAGCAAUGGUUCGGCAAUGAAGAAAGGAACUCACUGACCUAAGGCAGCAGAAGCUUCUGAAGUCCUGAUGACUUACUUGGAGGAGUCUCCAGUUUACUUAUUUCAGGAAGUUACAAAGGCUGGCCCAUGGGUUAAAAACUAACAGAGAGAUGAACUUCUUCCUGUUCUUCGGGGCUCAGGACUGGAGCUAUAAAUGACAGAAGUUUCAUUAUUGAGCGAAUGUACUGUUCAUUUGCACGGCUCUUUUGGUGGUUGGUCAGAAAACUGGAUUUCCCAUAGGAAGAUCUGUCUGACUGAUACUACUCAUACAGAGAGGAAAAAGAUCCUUCACAAGGCAGCCCAAGAUGGACAAUUACACUUCGCCAACCGACUAUGAUGUUUUAAUAGAAGACGACUUUAGCGAUGACAUGACAGAACCGUGCCAUAGACAUGAUGACAAAGCCUUCGCAGCACAAUUUCUGCCCCCAUUUUAUUCCUUGAUAUUUAUACUUGGCCUGGUAGGAAAUGCCCUGCUUGUACUAAUCCUGGUGAAAUAUAAAGGAUUCAAAGAGGUGGUGAACAUCUAUUUCCUGAACACAGCAGUUUCAAAUUUCCUUUUCGUUGUCACCUUGCCAUUCUGGAUUCACAAUGCCAUACACAGCUGGGAGCUCGGAGAUACAGUGUGUAAAAUGAUCUCUGGGUUCUACUCAGUAGGCUACUAUGGAUACACAUGCUUCCUGUUGCUUUUGAUAGUACAUAGGUAUCUGGCAAUUGUCCACGUGGGAAGAUUUCAUAUAGCUGCCAAGAAGACCACCUACGGAAUCAUUACAAGCACAUGGGGAAUAGCUGUUCUAGCCGCCUUACCAGAAUUUCUGCUUUCCCAUGUUCAAAUGGAGAGCAAAGCUUACAUCUGCCACUUUGUUCUGCCUCAUUAUCCCCUAGGGGAUGAGAAUUUCUGGAAGCAGUUUCUGACUUUAAAGAUAAACAUUUUGGGACUCCUCAUUCCACUGCUUGUUGCUAUUUAUUGCUAUGGGAGAAUGAAAAAAACAUCCAGAUAUAAGGAGAAAAAGUAUGGACUUUUUAGACUUAUUUUUGUCAUGGCACUUGUUUUUAUGGGUUUGUGGACACCUUACAACUUAGUGCUUUUCCUUAGGACUUUUCAAGAGCACUUGAACCUGAGUGAUUGCGAGAGCAGCUUUCACCUGGACAGAGCAGUCCAAGCAACCAAAAUUAUUGCCAACACUCACUGCUGCAUUAAUCCCGUGGUCCAUAUGCUUCUGGAUGGGACAUUUUGCAAACAUCUCUAUUGCCUUUUCCAUCCCCGAAAUAACGCUGAAGGUCAUUUGAGGGAGGUACCAGAACAGCAAUUGCCAACAACAAAAGGACCACUAUGUCAUUCCACUAGCUUUUAAACUACAUUCAGUGUAGGUUCAAUAAAGUUUCCCUUGAUUUCAUUUAA